ACAUGACCUGCAGGUGAGGCCAUGCUUAAUUAAAGCCCGGCCCUAUUUCCACUAUGGCUGAUAUCUAGGCAAACUGUUCAGACUUGAGAAAAGCAGCUUUUUCUUCGGCUUACAACUGGAAUAUCCGCCUCGACGCGUUUACUUUAAGAGAAGUGAAGAUUUUACUACCUGUUUAAGGAGAUAAGCUGUUUUAGUAAAAGCCUGCAGACCUGCAGAGACUGGAAAACAGACAGAAAGAAGGAGCUGAAGGUGGCAUGAGUGAAGGAGGCCAGCGUCGCUAGUAAUAGAGAUGGCGGAGCAGAUUUACAACAUUAAAGGAGCUCUGAACUCUGGAAACCAGUUCACAGAUGAUCCAGAGCUGGAGGCCAUUAAGGCCCGUGUGAUCGAGAUGGAAGAGGCGGAGAAUCAGAGAGAGGUGCAGUAUGGAGGAGGGAGACAGCAGCUCCUCUACAGCCCUCAGGCAGGACUCUUCUACAGUAUGACCCAUGAGGAGAGAAUAGAUGCUGACAACAGAUCUGUGUAUGUGGGGAAUGUGGAUUAUGGGACGACUGCUGACGAGCUGGAGAUCCACUUUAAUGGCUGUGGCCAUGUUAACAGGGUCACCAUUCUGUGUGAUAAGUUCACAGGCCAUCCAAAAGGGUUCGCCUACAUUGAGUUCUCCGAUAGAGAAUCAGUGAGGACGGCCAUGGCUCUAGACGAAACCCUGUUCAGAGGACGUGUCAUUAAGGUACUACCUAAAAGGACCAACAUGCCUGGCAUCAGCACUACAGACAGGGGGUUCCUGCGGGGCGGCCGAUUCAGAGGCAGAGGAUUCCGCGGCUCCAGAUUCAACAACGGCAGAUUCCGCGGCUUCGUCAGGUUCUAAACUCGGAGGCUCAGUUUGAAUGUCUUCAUUAAUGUGUGGUGUUCCUGUACCCUGUAUCAGAGGAGGUAGGAGAACACAGCCGUGGUGUGUUCCUGAUUGACUGAAAGAAGAGAACCAUUCUUUUUGUUUUCCUUUUUUUUGAAUGGUCACGUCAGCACUUAUAGGUGCUCACUGUCACCCAAGCUCUACCCUAAUUCUCUUUGGAACUAUGUAAUUUUGUGGAUAAGAUUUUUUAGUAGCUGUAUACGUUGGGUAAAGCUUCUCAUGUUCUGUCAGACUUCAAGCCUAAACAUUUAACUAAGAAUCAAGCAGGAGAACUUGGUUUGAACUAAUGAUAAACUGUUACCAUUUUAUUUGUAUUUUUAUUGAUGUACCUUCUUUGAAAUUCAAUGAGCUGUUUAGAGGCUGGGUUUACUUUUUUGCAUUUCAGUAAUUAUUAUUUUUCUUGGUUUGUGUAACUUUUCUAUCCUCUCUGUUCACUGUUUAAUAUAAAUCACAGAAUGAAUUUAAUGAAGAAAAUAAAUAAAUAAUCUGUU